GGGGGCAGGAAGCGGGGGCGGGGGCCGCGCCAGGGGCUGUAAACACCGGCCCAGGAAGUGGGGGGGUGGGGGGCGCUGCAGCUGCGCUGGCCGCUGCUUCCCUUCCCCGCGGGCCCUACAAGAGAGGGGGGCGGCUGGACCCCCGCCUGGCCCUGAUCCCGGCCGCCCCCUCCCCAACAGGGCUCCUCGCACCUACCCCAGCAACUCAAAUUCACCACCUCGGACUCCUGCGACCGCAUCAAAGACGAAUUUCAGCUGCUGCAGGCUCAAUAUCACAGCCUAAAGCUCGAGUGUGACAAGUUGGCCAGCGAGAAGUCGGAGAUGCAGCGUCACUAUGUGAUGUACUACGAGAUGUCCUACGGCUUGAACAUUGAGAUGCACAAGCAGGCUGAAAUCGUCAAGAGGCUGAACGGGAUUUGUGCCCAGGUCCUGCCCUACCUCUCCCAGGAGCACCAGCAGCAGGUCUUGGGAGCUAUCGAGAGGGCCAAGCAGGUGACCGCUCCCGAGCUGAACUCCAUCAUCCGACAGCAGCUCCAAGCCCACCAGCUGUCCCAGCUGCAGGCUCUGGCCCUGCCCCUGACGCCCCUGCCCGUGGGGCUGCAGCCGCCUUCGCUGCCGGCGGUGAGCGCGGGCACCGGCCUCCUCUCGCUGUCCGCGCUGGGCUCCCAGGCCCACCUCUCCAAGGAGGACAAGAACGGGCACGACGGGGACACCCACCAGGAGGACGACGGCGAGAAGUCGGAUUAGCAGGCGCCGGGAUGGGGAGGGUCGGGGAGGUGGGGGGGACGGAGGGGACACCGAGGCACGGAGGGAAAGGCAUGUUUAGCGCGAGACACAGUAUAGCUCGGGAUUGGCUCAGCUCCGUAGUAUUUAUCGUGGCCGCCCGCUGGGGCCCUGGCCCUGCUCUAGCUUUGUUCCUGCCCCCCCCAGUCCCGGCCUCCCCCCUCCUCCUCCCCUGCAGCCUGAAUAGGUGAAUGGGUACCCGCUCGUGACAUAGAUGGGGCAAGCUAAGGCCUGGAUGGGCACAGGGAGACCAGGUCAGAAAGGAGCAAAACCUAAAGAAUUAGUCCAACACCCCCGGCACGUCCCCUGUGCGAACAAGUGCGAACACGUGGAACCGAUAGUCUGCUCGCUGGGCCCUCGGGCACACGCCACAGCUCCCGCCCCGGCACUGCAUGCAAACACAAUGCUAGCUGCCCCCUCCCCGUCCUGGGCACCCAGAGUGUCCCCCUGGGGCCUAGACCUGCUCCCACCUCCACCUCCUGCCCCGCUCACCGCCUCCGCUAGUUCCAGACACCCCCAUGCCCGCCCGGUCCUCUCCCCCCGCCCGCGAAAGUGGGGGGCGCAAGCCUAGCUGCAACAAGCCGGGUGGGGGCGGGUGACCCCGGACUUCCCUUCUCCCCUUCCCGAAAUAAAGAUGAGGGUACUGAAGUUGUCUUGGUUUUUUUUUUUUAAUUUUUUAUUAUUUUUUUCUUUUUCCAGUAUACUAGCUUGUCUUUUAAGAAAGGGGAUAUUAAAAAAAAGAGAGAGACAGAAAAAUGUUUUAAAAAAAAAAAGCAACAGCCACACCUGUGUCUGUAUACGGUCAGCUUUUGUCGUGCUCGUUGGUUUGGUCUCUGCAGAGGCGUGAACAAUGCUGUAUCGAGGGUGGGCUUAGCUGUGCCUUUCAAAUAAAGAUGGGAGAAGGUUCA